AUGGUCUCACUGGCUUCAGGAGUGAAGCUGCAGACCUUCACGCUUGCCGGGAUUGCUGUCCUUGCCAUUGGACUAUGGCUCCGAUUCGACUCUCAGACCAAGAGCAUCUUCGAGCAAGAAACUAAUAAUAAUAAUUCCAGCUUCUACACACGAGUCUAUAUUCUGAUCGGAGCCGGCGCCCUCAUGAUGCUGGUGGGCUUUCUGGGCUGCUGCGGGGCUGUGCAGGAGUCCCAGUGCAUGCUGGGACUGUUCUUCGGCUUCCUCUUGGUGAUAUUCGCCAUUGAAAUAGCUGCGGCCAUCUGGGGAUAUUCCCACAAGGAUGAGGUGAUUAAGGAAGUCCAGGAGUUUUACAAGGACACCUACAACAAGCUGAAAACCAAGGAUGAGCCCCAGCGGGAAACGCUGAAAGCCAUCCACUAUGCAUUGAACUGCUGUGGUUUGGCUGGGGGCGUGGAACAGUUUAUCUCAGACAUCUGCCCCAAGAAGGACGUACUCGAAACCUUCACCGUGAAGUCCUGUCCUGAUGCCAUCAAAGAGGUCUUCGACAAUAAAUUCCACAUCAUCGGCGCAGUGGGCAUCGGCAUUGCCGUGGUCAUGAUAUUUGGCAUGAUCUUCAGUAUGAUCUUGUGCUGUGCUAUCCGCAGGAACCGCGAGAUGGUCUAGAGUCAGCUUACAUCCCUGAGCAGGAAAGUUUACCCAUGAGGAUUGGUGGGAUUUUGUUUGUUUGUUUGUUUGUUUUGUUUGUUGUUUGUUUUUUUGCCACUAAUUUUAGUAUUCAUUCUGCAUUGCUAGAUAAAAGCUGAAGUUACUUUAUGUUUGUCUUUUAAUGCUUCAUUCAAUAUUGACAUUUGUAGUUGAGCGGGGGGUUUGGUUUGCUUUGGUUUAUAUUUUUUCAGUUGUUUGUUUUUGCUUGUUAUAUUAAGCAGAAAUCCUGCAAUGAAAGGUACUAUAUUUGCUAGACUCUAGACAAGAUAUUGUACAUAAAAGAAUUUCUUUGUCUUUAAAUAGAUACAAAUGUCUAUCAACUUUAAUCAAGUUGUAACUUAUAUUGAAGACAAUUUGAUACAUAAUAAAAAAUUAUGACAA